AUGAUAAAGUCACAGCCAUCCUACUCUGUGCUACCGCACACUCCAAAUAUGGGUUUUCCUCCCGAUUCUCCUCAGCGGGAAGAAACAUCGGAAAAGAUGUAUCAAGGAGAACGAGAAACGCUCGAGCGUUCAAAACAAAACCUGGCACAGUCCAACCAAUAUCUCAAAACCAAAAUCCGCAUCCUACGUCUCAUAUCCCGUCUCCUGGGCACCGUCCUAGCAGGCGCAACACUUUACCUCGAGAGCCGUACCAUCUACAGCUAUGCGACAACCCACACAAUAAUGCGCAACAACCGCGGACCAUGGGCACGACAAACAUCACUUUGGCCUUCGAUAAUGCUACUCGCUUCUUCUGGAAUCAGUAUCAUUAUCGGUCUUCUGACCAUGGCCGCAUACACACGCUCUAUCCGUGCUGCUAACAACAUCAACUUUUACGAAACAAUCAUCUCAUAUACUAUCGAAGUGACACAUAUCCUUAGUUGGAUUGUGGUAGCUGUUCUAUAUCGGACUGGUAAGACUGGUCAUGAUCUCUGGGGAUGGGCUUGCUCUCCUUUGGCGAGGAAAAUUGAGCCGAGUUUUGAGGGGGUGGUCGACUUUGCAACAGUUUGCAGAAGAGGAACCACGAACUGGGCACUGGGUGUUGCUAACCCCGCUGUAACAAUCUUCAAUCUCUGCAUUUGGCUUGUGGUGUUCCAGAGAAUCAAGUAUAUGAGAGCUCAGGAGAAGUUGGAGAAGGAUUUUGCAUUGGGACCAGAGGAAAUAGGAGAUUACUGA